CUUGACAGAUGGCAGGCGGGAGACGCUCCUCUCUCGACUGUCUCUCUCGGUCCGUUGGUCCAUCCCGGUUCUCAUUGUCUCCCCUGUUCACUCCUUGAAGACAACCCCGAGACGACCAACUAAACUUAGCCGUUUUUUUCCCGCUCACACCACACACUAUGCUUUACGUUUGGAGACUUACCUCGACCUGAAAAUUUACCCCUUCCCUCUGUGUAUGAAAUUUGGACACGCUCUUCUGUUUUCUUGUUUUUGUUUUUGUUUUUUCGUUUUUUUAAAAAAAAAAAAAACAUUGUAUAAACGCGUUGGCAGUAACGGAGACAGCACCGACUGAAGCAACCAUCGGCUGACGGGCUUGACAAGACAGCAGUUGUGCCAUGGAUCUGAUGGGGAGAUGAACCGAAGGAGGAGGAGGACUCAUUAGCCAAAAAGCGCCCCCCGAAAUCAGCUUCCAGCGGUUGUUGACACCUCACAACAUUUUUAUCAAUGACCGUUUUCUCACUGGAUAAAACACCACAGCUAUCGGAACAUAUAAGACAGCCCUUCAGUGUCUUUAAGUGGCUGCUGGUGUGCUGGACUGUGUGACUUCCAGUGUGCUCAGCGUUGUGAUGAUGAUGGUGAUGAUGAUGCGACUAAUCGAGGUGAUCGCAGGUGAUGUCUGGACAAGUGCAAACUGUGUAGAAAUCACUGGAAAGUCGCUGUAACCUCUGCUGGAUGAAUGAAUGAAGGAGCUGGAUCUGACUUCGUUUCUGCCACAUGUAUUGAAAUGCAGCUGAUUUAGCAGGCUACUAAAGUGCCCUCAGUUGCUGAGGCUUGGAGAGGGUUUAUCUACAUAUCCAGCUCUGUGGACUUGAAUCAUCCCCCUCCCCAGAGGACGUACUGUUACAGGCUCAAGCAGUUGCCUUUCAUUCCCUUCACCUCCAGAGAGUACAAGGGGGGAGCUGGUACCCUGUCCUCUGAGCCCGAGAAGGGAGUGCUUCUACCUGGGCUGGAGGCCAGCCAGACGGCCCUUUGGGAGCUUUUGGAUUUUGAAGGAGAGAUUUUGGGGAGUUUCUGCUCCACGUGGACCUCCAGAGAGAGCCAGGAGGACAUCAUGGGGUGCUGCAGUGGCAGGUGCACCUUGGCCUUCAUCUGUGGCAUGCAGCUGGUCAGUGUGCUGGAGCGCCAGGUGAUAGAUUUCCUGGGAUACCAGUGGGCUCCCAUCCUGACCAACUUCCUGCACAUCAUUGUUGUCAUCCUGGGCCUUUUUGGCACCAUUCAGUUCAGGCCGAGAUAUGUCACUGGGUAUGCAGCCUGGCUCGUAGUCUGGAUGACCUGGAACGUUUUCAUCAUCUGUUUUUACCUGGAGGUUGGAGACCUGUCCAGAGACUCUGACCUUGUCCUGACAUUUAACCUGUCCAUGCACCGCUCCUGGUGGAUGGAGAAUGGCCCAGGAUGCAGGGUGACGCCCAUCACCCCUCCUCCCUCCUGGGCACCCGAGGACCACCGAUAUAUAUCUAUAUCUGGCUGUCUGAUGGAUUUUCAGUUCAUAGAGGUGGCUCAUUCCUCGCUGCAGAUACUCCUGGCUUUGGUGGGGUUUAUCUACGCCUGUUACGUGGUCAAGCUUAUUUCUGAAGAGGAGGAUAGCUUUGAUUUUAUAGGAGGGUUUGACUCGUAUGGCUACCAGGGGCCUCAGAAGACCUCCCACCUUCAACUACAACCCAUGUACAUGUCAAAAUAAGCCCAGAAGCGACUCCAAGAAUGCUGCCUUACCAACGAUUCCUGCUUAAAAUCCUGUUUUUAUUACUCCCAACUGUCUUUUAAUAAACAACAGAGACACAGACAAGUAGACAGGGAACAGAAGACUUUCUGCGAUUCAGCUCACAAAUCUCCCCAAACACUUGGUCAGAUGGCUUCCCACUAGCCUGUCUUUCAGUGGAGUUCCUGAUGAAACAUUGGCCUCAUGUGGCUCAGCAUGGUAACUGCAGGACAUUUUUGAUUCCUUCCUCAGACCCGGUCAGUAGCCAGUGACUUGCUUCUCCCUUGUGCUGCUGGGCGUCUGCUUUACGAGGGAAACCGAAGGGAUGCAAAGAGGCCACGCUCGACGGUCGACGGUCACAUGUUCCUGCGAGCUUCCAAUGAGAACUCGUUCAAUUUUCUGCUGUCAAAAGAAAAAAAAAACAUGUUUCAGGAGCGCUGGUUAAGUGUGUUGGUAUCUAACAGCUCUUGCGCCUCACCAAAGAGUUCAAAAACCAUCCCCGUGCACACAACAGAGCCUGUUUAACCUUCUCUGGAACUUUUUGCUCUUUGUGCCUGACUGAUUAACACUUGGAAAAGUCCAGCGAAGAAUCUCCGAACAUGACUACCGAUUAAGGAAUGUUAAACACCUUUUUUUCCUAAAGUUUUUUUUUAUUUUGUUUUUAUUUAUUUAUUUAUUUUUGUUUUUUUGGUGAAUUUCAGAAUCUGGUUUUCUAACGGUGAUGGCCAAGACGGCAGGAGGACACAUUUUACUCUGGCAAAAAAAUGUUGAAUGUUAUCCAACAGCGUUGAUUUUACACACCGUCCUCUCAUCUGUGCAUGCGUACAGGAAGCAGACGCAUUCACAGACAGGCGUUGAGUAAUGUACAUGUGAACGCAUGCAUGCACACAAACACACACACACACAAGCUUAGAACAAAUCUUAGCACUUCACUUUUUUUUUUUUUUUACUGCUAAUGUGAAUCUUAAUGUUUACAAUUGAAAGACUGAACACUUGACUGACUGACGCAGCAGGUAGAGAUCACUCACUUCUUAGCUGCAGCAUCCCAAAGGUCGGGGUGUUUUCAGCCAUACAAGGGGAAAAAAACAGCUGUGUCUCUUGCUGUAUAAAUAUUUCGUCUUCCACCCAAGACACAUACAGAGAUGGUAACAAAGACAGAAAAUGUCACAGGAGAGCGACAGGUUCCCAUCCGUCUCAGUCCUUGUGUAGACAACCCCAUAUCUGUCACCGAACAAGCGAUUCUCUUUUUCUUAAUUAGACUCUUUUUCUUUUUUAAAGAAAGAAUGGCAAAUCACCCUUUUUUGCAAUAUCCAGCUCUUUUUAAUAAUAAUUCAAAAGCAGCCAAAAUCUUCUGCAGGCAACACUUUAUAGAAAUGACAAUCACAGUCAGAGCAGCCUGUCGUGUCGUGAAUUGGCAUUUUUCUGUCAGUUCAAGGAGCUGGAUGUUAGAGAAGGAAACCUUCCCGAAAGAUGGUGGUCACCGUCACUGGAGAACAGGGAAGCCUUUAAGUGAUAUUCUUUGAUGCAUUAUUUGAUGCUUCGCCUUUGUGGUGAAUGAUAAAAGAUUGAAAGGAACAAAUGGGGAAAGCAAGGUUUGCCGUAUCCUUGCACACCCUCGCCAGCAGCCUGAUGAGGACAAAAAAACAAAGAAAGACAUUUAGCAGUUCUCCUCUUUCACUUCAUUGCUCCACUUUUAAUGCUGAAAGUGCCAACUGUACCAUCACAUAGACCUCUGUAGACCUUGGUUUCAGAGAGCCGCAGACUGGGACCAAUAAUAGUAGGUCUCAAGUUUACUUUGCAGGGUUUCCAUGAAAGAAAACUAAUAAAAGAUAUCACAAAUUAAAAUUAUAUCGGCAUUCCAGAUAGCCAGCUGGUUUUUUUUUAUUUUAUGUUUGAUUUUUAUUCAACUGACUCCUCCUGGAAAUGUGACUGAUGUUGCAUUUGUAUUGUAAUCACUGGACCAAAUGUUUUGAGGCCUUCUUCUUUUACUGAGAAACUCUUUUUUUUUUCUGGUGGGAAAAACACUGGCUUCUCACAAAAGAAGGAUGGACAAGGUCAGACUGUUUUCCUCAACAAAAUUCGUCUCAAAAUCCACCUUCCGCACCCCCUCGGCCAGUAUCUUCAGCAGUAUAUCCGUUUUGUAAUGAAACUCCAGGGGUUUCAAAUCGCUGCCCUGUGGGGCUCCGCCGACGGUCACUCCGGAGGACAGAAACAGCAUUUUGUGUGUUUGCAUGAGGUGUUUCCCAAACUGUUGCAUAUUUAAUCUCAUGCUGCGUGUGACUAACUAGCUACUUAAAAAUGGGAACUGUUUGGUUUGUCGAAUGCUCCUCAAAAGCUCCUCCAAGAGUCCUAAAUGUGAACUUUGUGGGGUUUUUUCUAUAAAUAACACAGUCUGAAAUGUCUGCUGAGUAAAGGGAGAAAAAUAGCUACUACGAUGUAAAACUAUGAAAUGUAUCUUUGACCUUCUAGACGUUUUUUAUUCACAUGUGGCUGUGUUUACUGUUUUUUCUAGUUGACUAAUACUGUAUGAUGUUGUGUAUAAGUGGGACUACUAUGUUUUACUUCUUCUAACUGUAUAGUAUAUUUGAAAUCAGAGCGCGAAAGAGAGGACAAGGCGGAGGGAGAGUAUUAGUUGCACUAUAGGCUGUAAUUGUUUAAUUAACUGGUCUGUUAGGCCUUAAAAUUCACUUUCAAUUCAACACAUAAUUAAAUUAACUAAUAUUCAUUUGUAUUUGAACUGUCAACCAAACACGUGCACAUGUGGCUUUCUGACAGCUUGGUUUGUUUUGCACAGUUCAAAUCGGGAAACUGUGAAAAUGUUCCAUUAUUGUGAAGCUUAAUUGAAAGAGAUGGUCAGUCGCAGCAUUAGGAAAUGACUUUAUUUGAACUGAAAGUGGAUUUUAUUUGUUAAUAAAUUUGUCUUUGACCA